AUGGAAAACCAAACUUUUAUAAAGGAGUUUAUUUUCUUGGGUUUUUCAAACCAUCCUGAUCUCUAUAUUCUAUUCUUCUUUAUGUUCUUAGCAAUCUACGUAUUAACUUUAGUGGGAAAUGCUCUGAUCAUUAUCUUGAUCAAAACUGAUGUGACUCUGCAUGCACCUAUGUACUAUUUCUUGACAAAUUUGUCCAUUCUAGACAUUUGUUAUAUCUCUGCCACACUCCCCGUUAUGCUCAUUAAUUUUUUUCGACUGAGGAAAACUAUCUCAUAUAUAGGAUGCAUUGCCCAAUUGUUUUUCCUCAUUACUUGUGCAGGAACAGAAUGUGUACUGUUGGCUGUCAUGGCAUAUGAUCGAUAUGUGGCUAUCUGUAGUCCUUUACAUUAUUCUAGCAUCAUGAACCAUAUUGCUUGCAGGAAGAUGGCAGGGUUCUCCUGGUUGUGUGGUUUAGCAAACUCACUGGUGCACACCCUUCUUGCAUCAUCCUUAACCAUCUGCAAGUCAAAUCAGCUCAGCCACUUCUUCUGUGAUGUCCCUUUGCUUUUGAAGCUCUCUUGCUCAGAUACAUCAGUGAAUGAAGCUGUACUCCAUCUAGCCAGUGCUUUGAUAGGACUCACCCCCUGCCUCUUUACACUUAUCUCCUACAUCCGCAUCAUUGGCACCAUUCUGAAGAUCAAGACCUCCAAGGGCAGAGCUAAGGCGUUCUCUACCUGUGCUUCACAUCUGAUUGUGGUUAUAGUAUUUUAUGGUACUGCUAACUUCAAUUAUAACAGGCCUAGUUCAGGAUACUCUCUGGAUAUUGAUACUUUGAUUUCCUCUCUAUAUUGUAUUGUGACACCCAUGUUAAAUCCAAUUAUUUAUAGUCUUAGGAAUAAAGAGGUCAAGGAUGGCAUGGGUCAGGAAGGGUGCAUGGUGGUGUUUGAGUGGCUGUUGUGGCUCAAGCACAAAGUAGCUGAGGUAUGGAUGUUACCUUCCCUGUUGGCUUCUCCAUUGACCUGA